CAAGACGACCGCGAGAACCCUCAGAUCAGUUCCGAGUAAACACGCUUGAUGGCCACAUUGCAGCCAUCAGGUGGCGUGCCACCCAACUCUGCUCAUGUAAUUCUAUUUUUAUCAUCCGACUACAAAGUAUCAGGUUCUCCUGCGACUUCUUAAAUAAAAGCGUCACUGACGGUUUGUUUAGCCCGUUUAUUAAUGUAAACGCUGCCGGUGUUAUUUUCAGUUAUAAAACGUAUCAUCAUUAUCAUUACUGUUAAAAUAGUUAGAUAGGAAGCAGCAACACUGAAAAAAACAGCAAGAUGGCCAAUGUGUCAUAUCUUAUCUCCAAUCUGCUGGAAAAAAUGACAUCCACUGACAAAGAUUUUAGGUUUAUGGCCACCAAUGAUCUGAUGAUUGAGCUCCAGAAAGACUCAAUCAAGCUAGAUGAAGAUAGUGAAAAGAAAGUGGUCAGCAUGCUGCUGAAGCUGCUACAGGACAAGAAUGGAGAAGUGCAGAAUUUGGCAGUGAAAUGCCUGGGCCCACUUAUCAGCAAGGUGAAGGAAUAUCAGGUAGAAACUAUUGUGGAUACACUUUGCACUAACAUGCUAUCAGAUAAAGAACAACUACGUGACAUCUCCAACAUAGGUCUUAAAACAGUUAUUGCUGAGCUCCCACCACCAUCCACUGGCUCAGCUCUGACUACAAAUGUGUGCAAAAAAAUUGCUGCACAGUUGACAGGCGCUAUUGGAAAACAGGAGGAUGUAUCUGUGCAGCUGGAGGCACUAGAUAUUCUGGCUGACAUGCUGAGCAGAUUAGGGGGAACUCUAGUUGCCUAUCACUCUUCCAUCCUAAGCUGCUUGCUCCCUCAACUCACCAGCUCCCGGCUGGCAGUUAGGAAGAGAGCCAUCAUUGCUCUAAGCCAUCUGGUCACCAGCUGUAAUGGCACCAUCUUCAGUGAGCUAAUGGAACAUCUCCUUGCAGAACUCUCCAAAAAUGCAUCCACAUCAACAACACGCACAUACAUACAAUGCGUAGCUGCCAUCAGUAGACAAGCUGGACACAGGAUUGGUGAGCACCUGGAGAAGAUUGUUCCAAUUAUUGUCAGGUACUGCGAUGUGGAAGAUGAUGAACUGAGAGAAUACUGUUUCCAAGCUUUUGAGUCAUUUGUGCGCAGAUGCCCAAAAGAAAUGUCUCCUCACAUUUCAACUGUAAUUAAAUUGUGCCUUAAAUAUAUUACUUAUGAUCCUAAUUAUAACUAUGAAACUGAUGAUGCUGAGGAGGAGGCAAUGGACAUAGAUGAUGGUGGUGAAGAAGAUCAAGAGACAGACGAUGAGUAUAGUGAUGAAGAUGACAUGAGCUGGAAGGUGCGUCGUUCUUCAGUUAAGUGCCUGGAGGCAGUGGUGAGCACACGGCGUGACCUGGUGCAGGAGUUCUAUAAGACUGUGGCACCUGUCCUCAUCAGCCGAUUCAAGGAGCGUGAAGAGAAUGUUAAGGCAGACAUCUUCCUUGCUUAUAUCUCCUUGCUGAAACAAACCAAGCCCCUUAAGAGAGGGGUGGAAUUAACUGGCAUCAUGAAUAAAGAAGAUGUUUCCCUUAAAAUGCUUAAGAACCAAGUUCCAAAAGUAGUGAAAGCUCUACACAAACAGAUAAAGGAGAAGAGUGUGAAGUCAAGACAAGGCUGCUUUAGUUUACUUACGGAGCUUGCCAAUGUUCUGCCAGGAGCACUCUCUGAUCACAUACCAGCCUUAAUACCAGGCAUAGUGUAUUCUUUAUCUGACAAGUCAAGUUCCUCUAAUAUGAAGAUUGAUACUUUGGCCUUUCUAAAUGUAAUGCUCUGUAGUCACCGUCCUGAGGAUUUCCACCCACAUAUUAAGGCCAUCUUAUACCCUGUGGUGACCUGCAUUGAAGAUCCCUUCUACAAGAUCACCUCUGAGGCUCUCCUGGUUACCCAGCAGAUUGUCAAGGUUAUUCGUCCCACAGAAAAGUCUAUGUUUGAUGCAAAGCCGUUUGUGAAAGACAUUUUUUCAAGUACCUUAAAGAGACUAAAGGCCGCUGACAUAGACCAGGAAGUUAAGGAACGUGCCAUCUCGUGUAUGGGCCAGAUAGUCUGCAAUAUGGGAGAUCAUCUUGGUGGUGAUUUGACUCCUACUCUACAGAUAUUUAUUGAUCGCCUGAAAAAUGAAAUAACAAGACUUACAGCUGUAAAAGCUCUAAUGCUGAUUGCGGGUUCCCCUCUAAAAAUCGAUCUCAAGACGGUUUUGCCUGAAGGAAUUCCUAUUCUCUCUUCGUUUUUGAGAAAAAAUAACCGUGCUUUAAAAAUGAACACUUUAAUGGCAUUGGACACCAUAAUCAACAACUAUGGUGGCUGCCUAAAAGCUAAUAUGAUUGAGUCAAUUUUAAGUGAACUUCUGCCUUUGAUUGAUGAAAGUGAUAUGCACAUUUCACAAAUGGCUGUCUCGCUUCUUACCUGUUUAGCUAGGGCCUAUCCUUCUUCCUUUUCUAAGAUAAGUGGUUCAAUUUUACCCGAGAUCUUUCACUUGGUACAUUCUCCAUUACUGCAAGGAGGAGCCUUAAAUGCUAUCUUGGACUUUUUUCAAGUGUUAGUUGUUGCACAAGCAGGUAGUAUGGGCUUUAGUGAGCUUUUACAAAACUUAACUGGGCCAGUGCAGUCCGGAAGCCUAACCGUUAUGCACAGGCAGGCUUACUACUCUGUAGCUAAAUGUGUAGCCGCCCUGUCUGCUUCGUGUCCAAAGGAAGCCUCUAAUAUUGUCAGUCGGUUUAUUCAGGAUGCGAAAAACCCUAAGUCAUCAAAUGCAGUAAAAACUCUGGCUUUUCUCUGUCUUGCGGAAAUAGGUCGAGGCUUGAAUCUUGGUGGUCACAAGGAGCUGAAAACUGUCCUUCUUGAAGCAUUUUCUUCUAUAGAUGAAGAUGUAAAAUCAGCAGCAUCUUAUGCUUUAGGCAACAUUUGUGUUGGAAAUUUGAAUGAGUACCUUCCAUUCAUGCUAAAGGAAAUAGGAAACCAGCCCAAAAAGCAGUAUCUGUUACUUCACUCUUUAAAAGAGGUCAUCAGCUCAUCUUCUGUAGAGAGUCUAAUGCCACAUGUCGAGAACAUAUGGACCUUGCUGUUUAAACACUGUGAGAGUGCAGAAGAAGGAACACGAAACGUAGUUGCUGAAUGUCUGGGAAAACUGACCCAUGUAAACCCUUCUCAGUUACUGCCUAGACUGAAGAAGCAUCUGUCAUCAGGGUCACCUUAUGCUCGUAGCACUGUAGUUAUUGCAGUAAAGUUUACCAUUGUGGAUCAGCCUCAGUCAAUAGAUGCUCUUCUGAAGGACUGCAUUGGGGACUUCCUGAAGACUCUUCAAGAUUCUGACCUGAAUGUACGAAGAGUGGCUUUGGUGAUGUUUAACUCAGCAGCUCAUAACAAGCCUUCCUUAAUCCGUGAUCUCCUGGACAAAGUCCUGCCCCACUUAUACAAUGAAACCAAAAUACGGAAUGAGCUUAUACGAGAGGUGGAGAUGGGCCCCUUCAAACACACCGUAGAUGAUGGACUGGACGUCAGGAAGGCUGCCUUCGAGUGCAUGUAUACCUUAUUAGACAGCUGUCUGGAUCGACUUGACAUUUUUGAGUAUCUUAACCACCUGGAAGAUGGACUGAAAGACCACUAUGAUAUUAGGAUGCUCACGUUUAUCAUGUUAGCUCGUUUGGCUACCCUGUGUCCAAGUGCUGUCCUGCAAAGGCUGGAUAGGUUAAUAGAGCCACUGAGGGCCACUUGCACCACCAAGGUAAAAGCUGGCUCAGUGAAACAAGAGUUUGAAAAGCAAGACGAGUUAAGACGAUCUGCUAUGAGAGCCGUUGCAGUGUUGCUAACUAUUGCAGAGGUGGAAAAAAGCCCCAUCAUGUCAGAGUUCACAUCACUGAUCAGAACCAAUACAGAGAUGGCUUCUAUCUUUGAAAGUGUGCAGAAAGACAAUGUAACUUCAAAAGGCGCAGAAAUAAUGGAUGUAAGCUAACUGCUUUGGCCAUCACCAAAAAAACCAAAAACCUGCAUUACAGACUGCCUUGUCUUUAAUUUAACUUGCUAUAGUAAA